AUGUUUAAAGGACAAUCCGAGGAUGAUAUCGAAAUUUUGAAUGAAAAUACAAAGAGCAUGUUGAUGCAAUUUAUGGGACAAUUGAAGAUUGGUAUGGAUUUGACUAAAAUUCCAAUUCCUUGCGAUUUCCUUGAACCACGUUCUCUAUUGGAAAAGUUAACCGACUUUAAUACUCAUGCCCAUUUACUCACCACAGCCAUGGAUGAUGAUGACCCAAUCCAAAGAAUGGUUCAUCUUGUUAGAUGGUAUUUGUCAGGAUGGCACGUAAAGCCAAAAGGUGUAAAGAAACCAUACAACCCAGUUCUUGGUGAAGUAUUCCGUUGCAAUUAUGAACUUAGAGAAAAUGGUUUAAUGACUUGUAUAGGUGAACAAGUGAGUCAUCACCCUCCAAAGAGUGCCAUCUAUGCUGAAUGUAAACAAAAGGAACUUUUACUUGAAGGAUGGUACUAUCCAAGAUCAAAGUUCUUGGGCAACUCAGCAGCUUCUAUUACUGAAGGUAAUAUCAAAAUUACUUUUGGUUCUCGUGGAAAUGAAGUUUAUACAGCCACUUGGCCAAGUGUUUAUGCCAGAGGUGUGAUCUUUGGUAAACUUAUCAUGGAAAUGGCUGGUAAAACUAAGAUUGAAUGUAAGAAAACAAAUAUGUUAGCAGAAAUUGAAUUUAAGAGCAAACCAUUCUUCGGAGGAGAAUAUAAUGUUGUCUCAGCAAAGAUAAAACACAAGAAGAAGACUAUUUAUCAAAUACGUGGAAAAUGGAACGAAAAAUUAUACAUCAAAGGAAAGGAUUCCGACAAGAAUAGUGAAGAAUUAUUCUUUGAUGUCAGGUCUGCUGAAGUUGUUCCAAAACACGUACCUCCAAUGGAAGUUCAAAAGGACAAUGAAUCCAGGAAGUUGUGGGAUAACCUUACAAAGGCAAUCAAGCAAAAUGAUGUUCAACUUGCUGCCAUAGAGAAGGAUAAGGUUGAAACCGAGCAAAGAAAUGUAAAGAAGGAACGUGAACAACAAGGACAGGUCUUUACACCAAAACUUUUCAAGGCUGGUCCUGAAGAUUUCUGGACAUUUGUUGGUUUUGAGUAA